AAUUUUGUUUAGAGCCUAGGCUCUAUACAAACCGCCCCCAAAUAGAAAAGCGUUGAACGGGAGGGUCUGAAACAAAGAACUAAGCAGUGCCUCUCUCUCAAAACCUCCCUACUCUCUCUCUCUGUCUUCUCCCUCAACGCUGCCCUUCCCUCUCCCUUAUCAUUAUCGGGCUAUCUCAAACGAGAAUAACUUCGGAAGGCUCAUUAUCUUCAACAUUCCUCAUCUUCUUAAAAAAUAAGUUCCAUUUGCUAUAUAGAUGUGAGUUUGGGCGGUAGCAGUCAAAAUUUACAGUGACAGCUUUAGUUUAGUGAAAUCACGAUGCUCUUGUCAAGGUUUUUUGGGAGGUCUCUUUUUACUGCUGUCAAGUCUGAAGCUCCUGCUGCUGCAGCUUCUGCAAGAGUAACCCACAACCCGUUAGAAGAAUUCUUUGAGGUUGAUAGAAGUCCAGAUGAAGACAAGCCUGUGGUUUAUGGUCGAGGUUGGAAGGCUUCCGAGCUGCGUCUUAAGUCAUGGGAUGAUCUUCAAAAGUUAUGGUAUGUUCUUUUGAAAGAGAAAAAUAUGCUAAUGACCCAAAGGCAAAUGCUUCAUUCCCAAAAUCACCGAUUUCCUAAUCCAGAGCGUGUUCCCAAGGUGAGGAAGUCAAUGUGUCGUAUCAAGCAUGUGCUUACUGAGAGAGCAAUGCAGGAGCCAGAUCCUAGAAGGUCUGCUGAGAUGAAGAGGAUAAUAAAUGCCUUGUGAGACCUCCCAUCUUCUAUGUAUCUUGUUUUCUAUACUGGAUUUAUUUCUUCUGAAUCAUAUAAAUGUGAUAUAAAUUUUGUUUUUGGGUAGUCUCAUUGAGGCUUAUUAUCUCAAUUUAGAAAAAUGAGAUAUUCAAACUUUAGGUUGUAUGAGACCAUCAGCUUAAUUACAGAUUUGUUAGUAACCAAGCUGGGUGAUUCUGUUUA